AUGGCUCCGAACUUCACCGUCGUAUCUUCUAAUGGCAUUGACCCGCGCAUCGUCCAGGCCUUCGACUCCAUCAACCGUCUCCUUGACGUCCCCGCCUGGACAGCUCGGCUUACCGUGGGCAAAAGCCACAAUGUCAUUGCGUCCGUUUUCUCCAGCAACCGCAUAGGUAUAUACUUCACCAACCCGACUGCCUUUCGUGAGGCCUACGAACCGUUCUAUUCCCACCUACCCGACUGGGAAAUGGAUGAUAGCGCAGGCUUUUUUGACCCCAGGAUUGAUCCGAUGACCAUUUUUGUCAACGACCAGGUACGGGAGGAGUGCACAGAGACCGGGAUUGAGACGAGCAAAUGGACAUACUUCCAAGCGCCCAUCAACAAAUCUCAGCAAGUCUUUGCUUGGAUCACGCUAGCCCAUGAGGUCAAUCACCUAUUGCACUAUCAUUUAAAGAUUCCCAGUACGGUGGCUGCCAUGCCGUCUCCAUUGAACCAGCCGGAGUCAGGCGCGGCAUGGGAGUUUAAGAACUUGGGAGGGAUUUUGUGGUUUGCCGCCAGAGAGGAUAAUAUGAUGAAGGUGGCGGAGAACUUGGCAAUUGAGAAACGAUUCGUCGCACCAAUUGAGGUGGAAAGAGUGUUCGAGGAGAUCAUGAAUGUGGAAAGCGUUCCAAUCACGAGUCAUCUUAGGCUCCUCCCCAGCGACACGAUUUUCCCGGGCGUUAGGAAAGCAUCCAGCGUUCAUAGAUGCUGCCAAGCCCAAAACCUCCAACCACCGACCCCGGAAAGGACUGCGCCCCCGAUUCGUCUUGUAAUGGUGCCUCGCGUGCCGGACCGACGUUCUUGUGCUGGAAUGGAUGGCCGUUCUGAACAACCUAGUCCUUAG